AUGGUCUCCCUCCGCAUCUUGGCCCUCGUAGCUCCACUCCUUUCCCUGACUCACGCUGUCCCCUACCCCUCUGACGCUGUCGCUUCCGCUGAGUUCAAGUCUGCGACCUACGAUGGCGAUGCUACGCCCACUGUCACCUCCCACGACCCUGCGACCAUGGUCCGCCGCACCACUGGAGGUGUUGUUACUGGAGCCGCUGCCGUCGCCAGCAUCAACAACCGCGACGGUAUCGGCGCUGGCAAGGACAGCUACACCUUCUACAAGGGCGACGGCUCUCCCGGUGCUGGCUGGCCUACCAAGGACAAGUGGGUCUCGUUCGAAGACAUGUGGAACAACAACAAGCAGAAGAUCCUGUCCAAGUCCUGCAGCUACAACAGUUGGGGCGCUGAAAACUCUGCCGCUGAGAUGCAGGGAAUCUACGACGCCAUCCAGAAAAUUGCCGUCGAGACUAAGGUUGACCACCGCUUCAUCCUGGCCAUCGUCGUCCAAGAGUCCAAGGGUUGCGUUCGCGUCCCCACUACCGGCAACGCCGACCCCAACAUCUUCAACCCUGGUCUGAUGCAGUGCCACAGCGGUGAUACUAGCUGUGCCAACAAGAACCCGUGCCCCAACUCCUCCAUCUUGUCAAUGAUACGUGAGGGUACGGCCGGCACUCCUAAAGGCGAUGGUCUUGCGCAGGUUAUCAACCAGGCCCAAAAGACCUUCUCCACCAGUGAUGCCCGCGCCUUCUACGCUGCAGCCAAGUACUACAACGGCGGCUCCAUUCCGCCCAGCAACAAUCUUGAGGAUGGCUGUUGCACGCGCUGCUACUCCAGCGAUGUCGCUAACCGCCUUACCGGCUGGACCUCUGCUACCACCAAGUGCAACCUUUGA